AUGCCCAAAGAAAAAUAUGACCCGCCAGACCCCAGGCGGAUGUACACCAUCAUGUCAACUGAGGAGGCAGCCAAUGGAAAGAAGUCUUACUGGCCUGAGCUGGAAAUCACUGGUGAGCAUGGCAGGGGGUGGCCUGGAGGCUGUGGGGGGGUAGCUGUUCUCAUAUUAGGAAUCAGCAUGUGGGGAUGGUCUAGGCCCGUUUUUCUCAACCUUUUUUGUUCAGUGACCAGCAUUCUAGUCAUCCUUAGAGGAUAAGAGCCUCUAUGUUAUAGGUCUUUAUUUUGGCUCGACCAGGUAGACUGAGAAGUCCAGCAUGUGUGUUUACUCAUGUACUUAUGUCCAUUCAAAUUGGGUAGAAAUAAACCUGUAUCUGCUUUGCAUGGAAAGCCAUCACACAGAGAGACAUGACUCACCAGUGUAUGUUUAUCUACCGGUCACCCCCUCCAUAUCUCUCUCUCUGUCUCCAGGUAAUGUCAGGAGCCUGAGUCCGUCUCUGUGGACUCUGACCCACCUCACUGCCCUACACAUCGCUGACAACUGUCUGUCACGCAUCCCACCCGACAUUGCCAAACUACACAACCUGUUGUACCUGGAUCUAUCGUCCAAUAAGAUCAGGAGCCUGCCUGCAGAGCUCGGCAACAUGGUGUCUCUCAGGUGAUUCGCUGGGAACCAUGUUUCCCACAAUUCACUUUGUUCUAAACUGGGCUUGUAACUGGUUGGUGCCUGAAAGUAACCAUUGUCCCAUUUUAAAAAGCCUGUUUGGCUCACAGAGGAUUUACUUUUGCCUGUAUUGAUGACUGGUCAAUGUGUUCAUUGUUUAUGGGAAGGUUGAGGAAGGGGCAGUAUUGUCAGGGAUGCUAGUCUCUGACACCUGCGUUUCCAUGUGUCCGUCAACAGGGAACUGCUUUUAAAUAACAACCAGUUGCGGGUUCUGCCAUUCGAAUUGGGGAAACUGUUUCAGUUACAAACACUGGGGUUGAAAGGUGAGUGUGGCUUAUCGUCUUGGUAACCAUUCUGUCCUGGAGACCCCAUUGUUGAUCCCGUGGCGUUUAUUUGAUGUCGUUCAACAUUGUAAUCGUCACUCCUAACAGGAAACCCACUUGCACAAGAAAUCAUGAGCCUGUACCAGGAGCAUGAUGGCACCAGGAAACUGCUCAACUACCUGCUGGACAAUCUGGCAGGUUCAAUCAAAUGCAGUAAGUCACCCUCUCUGCCUCUCACACACCGUUUUUGAUAUUAUAAAAAAGUACCGAUGGCUAACAUGACAACCCUCCUCUCCCCAGCCCCCACAGAGCAGCCCCCGUCCCGGUCGUGGAUCGCACUCCAGGAGCCUGACCAGACGAGGCCUUCUGGUGAGAAACCAGCAUACAGUCCCUGUACACACACACAGUAACCCAGCACUUCACACAAAACCACAAUUCAAUACCAGUGUAAAUGAGGGAAAAAAUCAUUACGGUGAAUAAGAUGCUAUAUCCUAUUUCUCUCUCCCUGUUCCGCCCUCUCAGCAUUGUUCUCUGUAAUGUGCUACAACGUGUUGUGUGAUAAGUACGCCACACGCCAGCUCUAUGGCUACUGCCCCUCCUGGGCCCUCAACUGGGAGUACAGGAAGAAGUCCAUCAUGCAGGAGAUCAUGAACUGCAGCGCUGACAUCAUCAGCCUACAGGUACAUGUGUUAACCUCGACCAGGGAUAAACAGCUUCUGUCCUAUUGGUUUUGGUUUCUCUCUGAUCAAUUAAUGUAACUGAUUGCCCUGAGAGUGCGCACACCGGAUUUCCCUGGUACAUGUGUGCAUUCAGUCAUAUUUGUCCACUUACAUGUUAUGGAUUUUAUUGAUUUGUUUUCAACAGGAAGUGGAGACAGAGCAGUACUACCAGUACUUCCUGCCAGAGCUGAAGGAGCAGGGCUACGAGGGCUUCUUCAGCCCCAAGUCUCGAGCCAGAACCAUGCAUGAGUCAGACCGCAAACAUGUUGACGGGUGCGCAGUAUUCUACAGGACAGAAAAGUGAGUGCAGCUGAGAGGUUCUGUCAAAAAAAAAUUUCCCUUUCCACAAUGCUCAAUAGCUAGGUUUCCAGCCAGUUGGCGAAAUAUUUUCAUGUGAAUAUUCAAAAAUCUGCAUAAAAACAAUGCACAUUUUCCUACCAGAUAUGUUUCCAUCAAAUUGACUAGUUGCUGAUAAAAGGCUGUGCGUGAUAACGUAGUGCACAUAAAAUACCUUUUGCGUUUUAAAUUCCCAUGCACCUAUUAAAAAAUGCAAGUUAAAUUGGUUUCCAUUGCAUUUUCAACUCUGCUGAUGGUUUUGUCACAUAUUGGGUUAUAUAGCAAAUGUGCCCACUCUGGUCUUGACACAUGCUCUCUAGCUAACAGCUCGCUACCUACAUGAUGAGCUUAUUAUGGAUAAGAGCAAUAAUUUUUAUUUGUCAAACUGCAGCUAAGCAUCGAUCAUCAUGUCACCAGAAUAACACCCUUGAUAUUUAUUGAAAAGGAACAUCAAGCUCAUCACCGUGUACUUUCACCACCCUGUGAAGUUCAUAACUUAAUUAAUCUGUAGCCUAAUAAACUGCAUGCUUUUCCGAGUUGUAGUGGGAGGACAACAUGUCAUCGCCUGACUCAAAGUUUACUUCAAUAUGAUGGUUAUCAAUAUUUGCGCAUAAAGGGGUUUCGACUGCCAUUUCUCUCAUAAUUAAUUUUAGACACAAAUAUCCCACCUUGUCCAGCGUGUUUUGUCGACUUCUUGCUCUCUCCUCCCUCUCUCAGGUUCAGCGUGGUGCAGAAACAUACGGUGGAGUUUAACCAGCUGGCCAUGGCUAACUCUGAGGGCUCUGAGGCCAUGCUCAACAGGGUCAUGACCAAGGACAACAUUGGGGUGGCUGUACUGCUGGAGGUCCGCAAGGAGAUGAUGGAGGAAUCCUGUGAGUACUUAUGGCCCUGUCCUAUUUCUCACUCUAGCCCCUGCCCAUGGCCCUGUCCUAUUUCUCACCCUAGACCCUACACCUAGCAUCUGCCUCUUCAUCUGGUUCUUACUCCUUUGGAGUUCAUAAAACUGAAAGGACUGAAAAGUGUAAGUAAUAUGGGGUAACAAUUUUGUAACUAAAUGGGGGGGGGGGGUAGUAGUGUCUUUAUCCUCGAUGCUUAGGAAUGGUCUGUCUCCCAAACUGUUUUAAAUGUGUACCCAGGGCUGGGUUAAUAUAGGGGCUUACCAGGGCUGAGGAGAAGAGGUAGGAAGCCCCCGUGUGUAACUGGGGGGCCCUGCCUUGAUUGGGUAACUGAUUAACCUCUACGGGAUCGGUGUCCCGAAUACGGGACGGUUGAGCUAACGUGCGCUAAUGUGAUUAGCAUGGCUGUUGUAAGUAACAGAAAACUUUCCAGGACAUAGACAUGUCUUAUAUUGGCAGAAAGCUUCAAUUCUUGUUAAUCUAACAGCACUGUCCAAUUUACAGUAGCUAUUACAGUGAAAAAAUACCAUGCUAUUGUUUGAGGAGAGUGCACAACAACAAACUUAUCAAGGACAUGAUUUGAUACAUUCACCUCUGAAGGUAAAUAAUGUACUUACAUUAAGUAAUCUUGCUCUGAGUUGUCAUCCUGAGGGUCCCAGAGAUAAAAUGUUGCAUAGUUUAGUUUGAUAAAAUCCAUUUUUAUAUUCAAAUGUAGGAACUGGGUUCUACAGUUUGAACCCUUGCGGUCUCUUGCUCCACACCCACCCGGCCAUCUAGAUGUGUAUAAACUCUAAUGAUCCAUCAUGUAUGACAUUCCUGGGAGUGUGUAAACUUACAUUUUGUAUUACCAUAUCAUUUUUGUAUGGUCUCUAUAGUUAUGUACUUGAAAAUGUAUCAAUUGACCAAUUCGGCACAUUUGGGGAGACUUGAUACGAAAUGGUCCAGUAUUGCAAUGUUUCACAAUCUGAAACUUUGCACACACACUGCUGCCUUCUAGUGGCCAAAAUCUAAAUUGCGCCUAAACUGCAAUAUUAUAUACAUUUACAUUUACAUUUUAGUCAUUUAGCAGACGCUCUUAACCAGAGCGACUUACAGGAGCAAUUAGGGUUAAGUGCCUUGCUCAAGGGCACAUUUACGUCAUUUAGCAGACGCUCUUAUCCAGAGCGACUCACAAAUUGGUGCAUUUACCCUAUAGCCAGUGGGAUAACCACUUUACAAUUUUUUUUGGGGGGGGGGGUAGAAGGAUUACUUUAUCCUAUCCCAGGUAUUCCUUAAAGAGGUGGGGUUUCAAAUGUCUCCGGAAGGUGGUGAGUGACUCCGCUGUCCUGGCGUCGUGAGGGAGCUUGUUCCACCAUUGCAAGCAACCAACUUCUUGCUAUAUUGUGGCCUUCCUCUUGCAUUUCAAAAAUGGAACAAAAAUAAUGCAUGUUUUUUACCAGAUCUAAUGUGUUUUACUUCUCCUACAUUAAUUUCACAUUUCCACAUACUUCAAAGUGUUUCCUUUCAAAUGGUAUCCAGAAUAUGCAUGUCCUUGCUUCAGGUCCUGAGCUACAGGCAGUUAGAUUUGGGUAUAUCAUUUUAGUUGAGAAUUGAAAAAAAGGGUUGAUCCUUAAGAGGUUAAUGAGAGAAAUUAACUGCAUAAAAAAUAAUAAUCUGGCAGUCCUUAUUUGAAUGGGUUUGGCCAUCUAUGGAUUUUAUUUCUAUGGUUGGUUGCUUGCCUUUUACACAUUUAAAAAUACAACCGCGAGAACGCACAGUUUGGAAAGCAAAUGCCUACUGCUGAAGAGAGAAGACUAAUCUGUCUGUAAAACCAAUCGAAAAAAUCUCAACUCCCAAUUUAUUUUGCGAACAACAGCACUGUUUUUCAAAGUAGCUCAUCGGCUAUCACCGUGAGUAGCCUAUGGCUUCUUCAUUAGGUGAGUCAGUGUGCCACUGGACAUUUGAUUUAGUAGUCUACUGUAGCCUUAUAUCUUAUCUCAAAUAGAAAUGUAACAUGUAAAUUGUUGGUCCCAUGUUUCUUGAGCUGAAAUUAUAGAUCCCAGAAAUGUUCCAUAUGCACAAAAAGCUUAUUUCUCUCAAAUGUUGUGCACAAAUGUGUAUACAUCCCUGUUAGUGAGCAUUUCUCCAUCGCCAAGAUAAUCCAUCCACCUGACAGGUGUGGUUUAUCAAGAAGCUGACUAAACAGCAUGCUCAUUACACAGGUGCACCUUGUGCUGGGGACAAAAGGCCACACUAAAAUGUGCAGUUUUUUUCACACAACGCAAUUGGCAUGCUGACUGCAGGAAUGUCCACCAGAGCUGUUACCAGAAUUCAAUGUUAAUCUUUCUACCGUAAGCCGCCUCCAACGUUGUUUUAGAGAAUUUGGCAGUACAUCCAACCGGCCUCAAAACCACAGACCAUGUGUACUCACGCCAGACCAGGACCUCAAAAUUCAGGAUAGUCUGAGACCAGCCACCUGGACAGCUGAUGAAUACGGCGUAUUUCUGUCUGUAAUAAAGCCCUUUUGGGGAAAAACUCAUUCUGAUUGGCUGGGCCUGGCUCACAAGUGGGUGAGCCUAUGGCUGCGCCCCUGCCCACCUGGAAUGCAUUUCAAUUAACAGGUGUGCCUUCUUGAAAGUUAAUUUGUGGAAUGUAUUUCCUCAAAGCGUUUGAGCCCAUCAGUUGUGUUGUGACAAGGUAGGGGUUGUAUACAGAAGAUAGCCCUAUUUGGUAAAAGACCAAGUCCAUAUUAUUGCAAGAACGGCUCAAAUAAGCAAAGAGAAACGACAGUCCAUCAUUACUUCAAGACAUGAAGGUCAGUCAAUAUGGGAAAUGUAAGAACUUUGAUGGUUUUUGCGACUGCACUUGAAGAAACUAUCAAGCGCUAUGAGGACUGCGACAGGAAUGGAAGACCCAGAGUUAACUCUGCUGCGGAGGAUCAGUUCAUUACAGUUACCAGCCUCAGAAAUUGCAGGCCAAAUAAAUGCUUCAGAGUUCAAGUAACACACAUCUCAACAUCAACUGUUCAGAGGAGACUGUGUGAAUCAGUCUCAUGGUCAAAUUUCUGCAAAGAAACCACUACUAAAGGACACCGAUAAUAAUAAGAGACUUGCUUGGGCUUUAAACACGAACAAUGGAAAUUAGACCUGUGGAAAUGUGUCCUUUGGUCUGGAGUCCAAAUUGGAGAUUUUUGGUUCCAACCGCCGUGUCUUUGUGAGAGGUCUACAGUCGUGGUCAAACGUUGAGAAUCACACAAGUAUUGGUCUUCACAAAGUUUGCUGCUUCAGUGUUUUUAGAUAUUUUUGUCAGAUGUUACUAUGGUAUACUGAAGUAUAAUUACAAGCAUUCCAUAAGUGUCAAAGGCUUUUAUUGACAAUUACAUUAAGUUUAUGCAAAGAGUCAAUAUUUGCAGUGUUGACCCUUCUUUUUCAAGACCUCUGCAAUCCGCCUUGGCAUGCUGUCAAUUAACUUCUGGGCCACAUCCUGACUGAUGGCAGCCCAUUCUUGCAUAAUCAAUGCUUGGAGUUUGUCAGAAUUUGUGGGUUUUUGUUUGUCCACCCGCCUCUUGAGGAUUGACCACAAGUUCUCAAUGGGAUUAAGGUCUGGGGAGUUUCCUGGCCAUGGACCCAAAAUGUUGAUGUUUUGUUCCCCGAGCCACUUAGUUGUCACUUUUGCCUUAUGGCAAGGUGCUCCAUCAUGCUGGAAAAGGCAUUGGUCGUCACUAAACUGUUCUUGGAUGAUUGGGAGAUGUGUUGGUACCAUUCUUUAUUCAUGGCUGUGUUCUUAGGCAAAAUUGUGAGUGAGCCCACUCCCUUGGCUGAGAAGCAACCCCACACAUGAAUGGUCUAAGGAUGCUUUACUGUUGGCAUGACACAGGACUGAUGGUAGCGCUCACCUUGUCUUCUCUGGACAAGCUUUUUUCCGGAUGCCCCAAACAAUCGGAAAGGGGAUUCAUCAGAGAAAAUGACUUUACCCCAGUCCUCAGCAGUCCAAUCCCUGUACCUUUUGCAGAAUGUUUUUCCUGGAGAGAUGUGGCUUCCUCGCUGCCCUUCUUGACACCAGGCCAUCCUCCAAAAGUCUUCGCCUCACUGUGCGUGCAGAUGCACUCACACCUGCCUGCUGCCAUUCCUGAGCAAGCUCUGCACUUGUGGUGCCCCGAUCCCGCAGCUGAAUCAACUUUAGGAGACGGUCCUGGCGCUUGCUGGACUUUCUUGGGUGCCCUGACGCCUUCUUCACAACAAUUGAACCUCUCUCCUUGAAGUUCUUGAUGAUCCGAUAAAUGGUUGAUUUAGGUGCAAUCUUACUAGCAGCAAUAUCCUUGCCUGUGAAGCCCUUUUUGUGCAAAGCAAUGAUGACAGCACGUGUUUCCUUGCAGGUAACCAUGGUUAACAGAGGAAGAACAAUGAUUUCAAGCACCACCCUCCUUUUAAAGCUUCCAGUCUGUUAUUCUAACUCAAUCACCAUGACAGAGUGAUCUCCAGCCUUAUCCUCGUCAACACUCUCACCUGUGUUAACGAGAGAAUCACUGACAUGAUGGCAGCUGGUCCUUUUGUGGCAGGGCUGAAAUGCAGUGGAAAUGUUUUUGGGGAUUAAGUUCAUUUGCAUGGCAAAGAGGGACUUUGCAAUUAAUUGCAAUUCAUCUGAUCACUCUUCAUAACAUUCUGGAGUAUAUGCAAAUUGCCAUCAGUGCUCAGCUAUUUUCAGGUCUCACCAGAGAUGUUGGAUUGGGUUCAAGUCCGGGCUCUGGCUGUGCAACUCAAGGACAUUCAGAGACUUACAUUUACAUUUACAUUUACAUUUUAGUCAUUUAGCAGACGCUCUUAACCAGAGCGACUUACAGGAGCAAUUAGGGUUAAGUGCCUUGCUCAAGGGCACAUUAACGUCAUUUAGCAGACGCUCUUAGCCAGAGCGACUCACAAAUUGGUGCGUUCACCCUAUAGCCAGUGGGAUAACCACUUUACAAUUUGGGGGGGGGGGGGGGGGGGUUAGAAGGAAUACUUUAGCCUAUCCCAGGUAUUCCUUAAAGAGGUGGGGUUUCAAAUGUCUCCGGAAGGUGGUGAGUGACUCCGCUGUCCUGGCGUCGUGAGGGAGCUUGUUCCACCAUUGGGGUGCCAGAGCAGCGAACAGUUUUGACUGGGCUGAGGGGGAGCUGUGCUUCCGCAGAGGAAGGGGAGCCAGCAGGCCAGAGGUGGAUGAACGCAAUGUCCUCGUUUGGGUGUAGGGACUGAUCAGAGCCUGAAGGUACAGGGGUGCCGUUCCCCUCACUGCUCCAAAGGCAAGCACCAUGGUCUUGUAGCGGAUGCGAGCUUCAAUUGGAAGCCAGUGGAGUGUGCGGAGGAGGGGGGUGACGUGAGAGAACUUGGGAAGGUUGAACACCAGACGGGCUGCGGCAUUCUGGAUGAGUUGUAGGGGUUUAAUGGCACAGGCAGGGAGCCCAGCCAACAGCGAGUUGCAGUAGUCCAGACGGGAGAUGACAAGUGCCUGGACCAGGACCUGCGCCGCUUCCUGUGUAAGGCAGGGUCGCACUCUCCGAAUGUUGUAGAGCAUGAACCUGCAGGAGCGGGUCACCGCCUUGAUGUUGGCGGAGAACGACAGGGUGUUGUCCAGGGUCACGCCUAGGCUCUUCGCACUCUGGGAGGAGGACACAGCGGAGUUGUCUACCGUGAUGGCGAGAUCAUGGAACGGGCAGUCCUUCCCGGGGAGGAAGAGCAGCUCCGUCUUGCCAGGGUUCAGCUUGAGGUGGUGAUCCGUCAUCCAUACUGAUAUGUCUGCCAGACAUGCAGAGAUGCGAUUCGCCACCUGGUGAUCAGAAGGGGGAAAGGAGAAGAUUAGUUGUGUAUCGUCAGCGUAGCAAUGAUAGGAAAGGCCAUGUGAGGAUAUGACAGAGCCAAGUGACUUGGUGUAUAGGGAGAAAAGGAGAGGGCCCAAAACCGAUCCCUGGGGGACACCAGUGGUGAGAGCACGUGGUGCGGAGACAGCUUCCCGCCACGCCACUUGGUAGGAGCGACCGGUCAGGUAGGACGCAAUCCAGGAGUGAGCCGCGCCGGAGAUGCCCAUUUCGGAGAGGGUGGAGAGGAGGAUCUGAUGGUUCACAGUAUCAAAGGCAGCAGACAGAUCUAGAAGGACAAGAGCAGAGGAGAGAGAGUUAGCUUUAGCAGUGCGGAGAGUCUCUGUGACACAGAGAAGAGCAGUCUCAGUUGAAUGACCAGUCCUGAAACCUGAUUGGUUUGGAUCAAGAAGGUCAUUCUGAGAGAGAUAGCAAGAGAGUUGGCUAAAGACGGCACGCUCAAUAGUUUUGGAAAGAAAAGAAAGAAGGGAUACUGGUCUGUAGUUGUUGACAUCAGUGGGGUCGAGUGUUGGUUUUUUGAGAAGGGGAGUAACUCUCGCUCUCUUGAAGACGGAAGGGACAUGGCCAGCGGUCAAGGAUGAGUUGAUCAGCGAGGUGAGGUAGGGGAGAAGGUCACCGGAGAUGGUCUGGAGAAGGGAGGAGGACUUGUCCCGAAGCCACUCAUGCAUUGUCUUGACUGUGUGCUUAGGGUUGUUGUUUCGCCCGAGUCUGAGGUCCUGAGCACUCUGGAGCAGGUUUUCAUCAAGGAUCUCUCUGUACUUUCUCCUUUCAUCUUUGCCUUGAUCCUGCCUAGUCUCCCAGUCCCUGCCACUGAAAAACAUCCCCACAGCAUGAUUCUGCCACCACCAUGCUUCACCGUAGGGAUGGUGCCAGGUUUCCUCCAGACGUGACACUUGGCAUUCAGGCUAAAGAUUUCAAUCUUGGUUUCGUUAGACCAGAGAAUCUUGUUUCUCAUGGUCAGAGUCCUUUUGGCAAACUACAAGCGGGCUGUUGUGCCUUUUACUGAGUGGCUUCUGUCUGGCCACUCUACCAUAAAGGCCUGAUUGGUGGAGUGCUGUAGAGAUGGUUGUCCUUCUGGAAGGUUCUUCUAUCUCUACAGAGGAGCUCUGUCAAGAGUGACCAUCGGGCUCUUGGUCACCUCCCUGACCAAGGCCCUUCUCCCCCGAUUGCUCAGUUUGGCCAGGCGGCCAGCUCUAGGGAGAGUCUUGGUGGUUCCAAACGUCUUCCAUUUAAGAAUGAUGGAGGCCACUGUGUUCUUGGGGACCUUCAAUGCUGCAGAAAUGUUUUGGUACCCUUCCCCAGAUCUGUGCCUCGACACAAUCCUGUCACGAAGCUCUACAGACAAUUCCUUCAACCUCAUGGCUUGGUUUUUGCUCUGACAUGCACUGUCAACUGUGGGACCAUAUAGACCUUAUACAUGUCCAUUCAAUUGAAUUUACCACAGGUGGACUCCCAAGUUGCAGAAACAGCUCAAUGAGGAUCAAUGGAAACAGGAUGCACCUGAGCUCAAUUUUGAGUCUCAUAGCAAAGUGUCUGAAUAAGGUUUUUUAAAUGUAUUUUUUAAAAUAAAUUUGCAAACAUUUCAACCUGUUUUCGCUUUGUCAUUAUGGGGUAUUGUGUGUAGAUUGAGGAUUUUUUUUCUCUUAAAAAUAAUAAGGCUGUAAUGUAACAAAGUGGAAAAAGUCAAGGGGUGUGAAUACUUUCCAAAUUCACUAUGUAUAUAUUUUUGAUUGUACAAUCUGUUGCUUCAUUGGCCUGGGCUAUUGUUUGUUUGAAUUCAAGACCAGAUUGAUCUGUUUGUCAGUGUCCGAGUAGCCAAAGCCCCAGGGCCCUGUGUGUUCCACAACUCCUUUUUACUUAAAUCCUAGAACUUCAAAAGGGGAGCGACUGCUGCUGCACUUCUCUGGCUAGAGGUUCCCUUGGCUGUGCUCUGCCUUUAAAGUAACCCUCAAACUUCUUUCUCUCCCUCCAUCUCUCCUCUCUAGCGGGGAAGUCUCUGCACGGCAUGGAAAAACAGCUCCUACUGGUGGCCAACGCUCACAUGCACUGGGACCCGGAGUACUCCGACGUCAAGCUGGUCCAGACCAUGAUGUUCCUGUCUGAGGUGAAGAACAUCGUGGACAAGGCCACGCGCAGCCUCAAACUCUCCUCUGUCUCUGGGGAGACCAACAGCAUCCCUCUAGUGCUUUGUGCCGACCUCAACUCUCUACCAGACUCUGGUGAGUGACUGUGGUGGAAAGGAAGCGAAAGGUAUAAGCAAGCAGUGUAGUGAUGGGCCCACUAGCUGCCUGGUAGGUGACGGUUACUGUGAAUGAAGGAAUGAAUAGACACUUGACCACCAUGGUUGUGUUCAGUAGGGCAAUGGGGAAUGAACAUCUGUCUUAUUGGAUGUUUAGAUGGCUAAUUCCCCUAUUUUGAACAGGACAAUGUAAACCCCUACCGUCUAUCCCCCCCCCCCCAGGUGUGGUGGAGUAUUUGAGUCAAGGUGGAGUGGACUGCACCCACAAGGACUUCAAGGAGCUGCGCUACCUCGACAGCCUCACCAACUUCAACUGCAACGGCAAGAACGGCAACUCCACAUCCAAUUCCAGGAUCACCCACGGCUUCAAGCUGAAGAGCGCCUACGAGGACAGCCUGAUGCCUUACACCAACUACACCUUUGACUUCAAGGUGAGGGAGGCGCGUGCCUACAGGCAAAUCUGAGGCCUUCUGACAGUAUUACAGGUUACUUUGAUCUUGUCCUGAUUGAUCAGGAAUUCCUGUUUUUCCGACAUUGAAAUUGACCUAACCCCCACUGUUGUCGGCGGUCUUUACUGCAACGUACACCUGCGUUGUGAAGGUUUAAUCUAAUCUGACAUUGUGUGCAAUAAAAUAAUAGACUGCUUUUGGCCAAUAAAAAUACAAAAUACAACAACAUUGCUGGACAAUGUCUGGCAGAACAUAUCCUGAUGAAAAUGUAUUCUGUAAAUCACAUUCCAUGGAGGUUGGUGCAUGUUGUCUUUCAAUUGCAUCAUCUCUGUAGCCUACUCAGUCUCCCCUGCCGGCCUGUUUUGAGGUCAAACUUGCAACAUUGAAUCCACUGGUACCGGCCCGCACCAGUGAGGUUGACAGACACGGCUGUAUGCCUGCAGGGAGAAGUGUUCCGGUAUUUUAUGACGUUGUACAGAAAUGUCAUAUCAGUCCAUUAAGGAAGAGUAUAAUUUAUCUUUCUCUCUUUUCCUGUCAUCGAAUGCCUGCGGGUGCGUUCAGAAAGGAAAUAGUUUGCUAAUGAUGGUUUAGUAUGAAGAUGUGUAGAAACUGCUUCUCCAAUAAAAAUCCCCGAUCACACUUGUAGGCGAUGUCAUGGCGAUGUUGGCUAGCUAAAUUCAUGCGCAGUAACACGUCAUCGUGUCUAAUGGUCAUCUCUGGCAGAGCUGCACAUGUGCAGGCCAUCAAAUCAAAGGCACUCCUUCCGUAUAAAGGUGUUUUGACGAAUGGUAAUGCGUCAGUUUGUCACUUUCACAAGGUUGGACAAAUAACAUGUUCAACUAAAGACAUUGGCUCCAAAUGGACAACCUAAGGAAUACUUUUUCAGCUCAUUGACUGGUCUGUCGAGUCGCAAGCGUUCCCGGAAGUAUUGCGCUGUUGGCCCGCUGGGUUUAGAAACUCUGUGCUGACAUACUAAGGUUAGCAAACAGUCUGAGAUGGUAGUGUGCGGUGAACGUGAGUCUGUUUGGGGUCUAAACUGCCAGUACAAAUCAUGUUGGACAUGUAGGCUUUCUGUUACAUGUAGUAGGAGUAGCAGUUUGUCCUUUGGAUUAUUGAUUAUCAUUCCUGCUUGUAUAGAUCAAUAUUCAUUGCAGUCACUACCAGGCCUCCUGUAGCUCAGUUGGUAGAGCAUGGUGCUUGCAAUGCCAGGGUUGUGGGUUCGAUUCCCACGGGGGGCCAGAAUGAAAAAUGUAUGCACUCACUAACUGUAAGUCGCUCUGGAUAAGAAUGUCUGCUAAAUGACUAAAAUGUAAUGUUAUCUGGGCACUCCUAAAACAGCAUUAGUCACAUGAUUGGAUUUAUUUGGGUUUCUGUUAGAUAUGGCCAGUAAAUCUCUAUGGUGUCUGACAAUUGACUGGCACACAUUUUCCCUAAAGGAAAUGCUGCUCCUCACUCAUCCCCCUCUUCUGUCUCCUCAGGGUGUGAUUGACUACAUCUUCUACUCCAAGCCUCAGCUCAACGUGUUGGGCAUCCUGGGUCCACUGGACUCCAACUGGCUCCAUGAGAACAAUAUCAGCGGCUGUCCGCACCCCCACAUCCCCUCUGACCACUUCUCCCUGUUCACCCAGCUGGAGCUGCUGCUGCCCAGCACCCUGCCCCAUGGGCAGGUCAACAACCAGGUCAACGGCAUCCACCUGCCUGGAGGCCGCAGGUAG